UCACAUUUAGCUCUAAUCCUUUCAAUAAAAAUAGGUUUAAUUUAAAGCAUAUACAUAUAAUGGCCAAUGCUAAGCUUCUUUCUCUUCUUUAUGUUCUCCUAGUCCUUUCUACCAUUGCUACUCAGGCUUUGGCAAGGCACUACCAAUAUGGAAAUCGGAGUUUGAGGCCCCAUCAAUGCAAGAAACGGUGUUCACAGAGAUGCUCAAAGUCUAGAAAAACCCAUGAAUGCAUGUUCUUCUGCCUGAAGUGUUGCGCAAAAUGCCUAUGUGUUCCACCAGGCACCUAUGGAAACAAACAACUUUGUCCUUGCUACAAUAACUGGAAGACCAAGAGGGGUGGCCCUAAGUGCCCUUAAUUUUAUUCCAUUUUCUAUUAAUUAAUUAAUCCCCCUCCUAUUUUAGUGGCGAAUUAAUAGGCUUAUUAAUUGCCUGAUCUUACUACGUUUUACUAUA